GGGCGUGUCCCCGCAAAAUUCAAGCGACAGUUGCGGAAAGGCAGUGUGCUAUCGAACGCAACCCAUACGUUACAUUGUUAUAAAUAAACAAAUAUUUUCUUUUUCGGAUAUAGAAACAAACUCAGUCGAUAAUCGUAAAACAAUGGAAGGAGUGACAGAUGAACACCUAUCUAAACUAUCCCGAAUAGAGCAACGCAAACUUAAAUUGGCAGAAUACCUGGCAGCAAAAGGCAGACUGAAACCCCCUAAUCCAAAGCCUUAUCUCAAAGACAAUCCUGUUAUCCUUAAAAACAGAGUACAGAGAACAGAGACUCAUCCAAAAGUUAAAACAGCAGGAGAAGAAAAGGAGAAUUGUGACACUAAUGGUGCAAAUAUCAAUGAAACAAAAACAGUAAAAUCUUUGGCAGAAGUACGUAAAAAGGCUGCCAAUUCCUCCACAAAAACAGAACUUAGCACUAAAACACUGCCUAGACCAACAUAUUCCACUAUUUUGCGAAAUGCACCACUUCAAACCACAGUUUCAAAUAGACAGACAAAUAGACCAGGAUCUCUUCAAAAUGCAAGAGAACUGAACAAGACUGAGAAAACGUCAUUGUCACAGCCGCUCAAAAGCCAUCAACACAGCCUUCGAUAUGUCCGAAGCAAAGUCCAGCAAACGCAAGCAUCUCCCCAUACUGCAAAUAACACUCAAAAGUCUACAAAGUCAAGUCUUGGUCCAUCACAGCCUGGAUGUGGCACCUCUGUCCACAAAAGAGCAGAUCAGAAUUGUAAUAAGACAGACCUUCAGUCAAAGAAGCCCCUUGUUAAAAAAUUUGCUUCAGUCAAAACAACUGCUAAUGUCAAAACGACCGAGAACCAACAGAAGAGUCGAAGACCAGCGACCAACACUGAGAGCAAAAUUCAGACAAACAAUGUUUGUAAACCUCCAACUAGGCUUGCAAACUUGACGCAACAGCCCAAAGCCCAGACUGUUGUACCAAAGCUUGGGAUUAACAGUAACAAUGCUCGGACCAUGAGCCGGUCUUCACAGCCGGUGAUGGAUAGAUCGAGCAAAAAUCAGAGAAAGGAUCUUCCGUGUGUCCCAAAAAAAGUAGAUGCCACAAACAAGGCUGUCGUAAAAACAACAAUAAAAACAAGAGCUUCUUCAACUGUACCUACGAAGAGUGACACUACAGCAAUAAUUAAAAAUAAUAACUAUACUGCUGUUAAACCAACUGGAGUCACUGCUUCUCGAAGCACCAAGAGUUCAGUGCUGCCACAAACUACCACUUUCUCCCAAAAGCCCAAGAGAUCAAGCCAGGCAAAGCCCACGGUCCAGUUACAGACUCCCAAAACCAGCUUCUGUCCCAGUACUCAAGGUGUCCGAACAGCUCCAGUAGAUGGAAGGGUGCAGCCGACUGCAGCUCAGGAGGAAAGACUGCGUAAACUCCAGGAAUGGCGUGAGUCGAGGGGCAUUACGUAUAAACGUCCCCCAAUGCCUGUCCGGCUGGUGAGGAGGAAGACCGUGUCAUCUUUUCCACAGCCCUACUGGACUGCUAUGGAGCAGGAAGACGAGGUCCAUGGUAUUGUCUUUGCUGUGGAUCGAUCGCUGGAUGACUGUAUUAAAUUGUUACAGCAGGGUUUUCCAGUAGAACAGGUCAGAGAUGUGCUGUCUCGGGUACCGAUGGCACAGAAGUUUGCGAAGUACUGGAUCUGCCAGGCCAGACUAAUGGAAAGAGAAGGAAACAUGGAGGUCCUGCCCAUGUUUCAGGAGGCCGUUCGAGUAGUGAGAGAGCCAGUGGAUGAGCUGCGAUCUGUCGUUUUUGAGAUCCUUAAGAAGAACCAAGCUCAAGGUUCAUCUCCUGCUCCAAAUGAGUCUGAAGCAUUAGAGCCGAGGGCGGAUGACGAGCAAGGAGUCCCUGGUGACAUCAUGUGCACUCCAAAACCUGUUGGUGCACUUAUACGUGCAAUGAAGGGAGACUCUUCGGUUGUCAAAUAUAAAAUUACUGCCACCCCAGGAUGUGCCGUCAGAGAGGAAGAAAUCCCUACAUACCUGCGUAUCUGGAAACACAGGGCAAAUAUGUGCGUCUUCAAAGUACAAAAGAUUCAGUGCAGAUGGUGCUGGAGAACUGGCAGAGAGGCGACACUGAUGAACCAAAAGUCACUGUGUAUGAUUGUGUGUUGGAUAGUCGGAAAUGCAUGGCUUUCUCCUUUGAGUUGGAGAAUAAGAAAUAUUUUCCUGUUGUCACUGGUGAUGAGAUUAGCUUCGAGGAACAGUUAAAGCACAAGGAGAAAAGGUUCCUCUUUCAAUGGGCUGAGAAAACAGGACAGUGUUUGGAGUCAGUAGCUGAACCCAACAAGUACCUGUCUGUUUUAGGCAGCAAAGUUACCAUCCAGUCAUAUCCGACAGAAUUUACGAUCCAUUGCAAGGAGAAAGAAUGCAGAAGGUUAUGCAUGACACCAAUCAAAGCAUAUCCGAAUACCAGAAACAGCGUGUGCAUUUGUUGCAAAGGCAGAUCAACUCGAAGGACAGUUGUGACGAAAAUGAUCUGCAAAAGUGAAAGCUCCCUUAAAAGGAAAACAAGAUCAUCCAGCAAGUACAUUUCGGUUAAGAGACACAACUUAAAAGAAAUGCCAUUCUUUUUGGGCCAACCUGGAUGUUAAGAAAGUCUGAAUGCAAAAUGAUGUUAGAAGUAUUUGAUGAUCUGUGGUUUUAUGACAUCAUUAAAAUUGUAUUACUUAAGUGAAUCAGAAAGUAUAUGACCCAAGUUUAACCUGUUGACUAACAACACACAGGCACACAGGACAGGAAGAUAAACCAUAUGAGAUUUUACUGCAUUGCCUGUAUCACCUACUUUAGUCACUUUUUAUGGAGCUAUUUCACCUUUUGCAAAUCCUUUUUUGAUGAGGCUGUUGGUUGGUGCAUUUCCAGUAUUUCACAAACAACUAUAAUUGUGUAACAUGAAAUACAUCAUUUGAGAUCUGCUGAUCGGAGAUGCAUUAUUAUUGUACAGAAGUUGUCAUUUAUGCAUGUAUUUAUCUAUUAAUGUAUUUAAAAUAUUCAAUAUUUUAUUACACUUAUUUAUGUUUAAAAGAAUAACUCAAUAAAAAUGUUGUAGCCUUGUAA